ACUUUUCGAGCGGAAUUCUCGUUUUAUUGAAAUUUCAACGUGAUUAAGGUCUCAAAGACUCAAAAUCCAGCAGAAUUUCUCACAGUUUUCGACGGAAAACUCGAAAGUAGUGAAAUUUAUGACGAAAUCCACGUAGAAAAGUCACAAAAUGGGAAGAUCUCGGUCGAAGCAAGGGUUUAAAAAUUCAUCGCCGCAUGGAAAGGGACAAAAAUCGCAGAACAAAGCACACACAAAGAUGGAUGUGAAGAAAUUCCUGCGACAAAAGAAGGCUCUGAAGCGCAACUCGAUCCAUGGAAUUUUGAACUCCAGCAACACUUUAAAGGACUCUCCAAACUCCAAUGGACUUUACAAAAGGCGUCAUCGUCGCUCAAACCGAGCAAAUCGUUCCGGAAUGUUCUCUGAAAAUGGUCAAAAUCCUCAACCAGGGUCUUCGAGCAACGUUGAUGAUUGCGUCAUUUUACCGGAAAAGCCUCUGGAAGUGAUUUCCAUCUUAGAUUCGGACGAAGAAGAUGAAAAUACGAGCAAAAAACGGAAAUCCACGGAAAAUUCUGAUAAAAAUUCAAAAAGAAAGCGGAUUAAUUACACUCCACGAGUCGAAGUUUUCUCCAGAUAUCCCGCAACUGAGGCCUUUACACCUUUCGAUGGCUCCCAUUCCGAUGCAGAUGACGAAGAGGACAGUGGACCUUCAUUUUUCAUCGAUACCAAGAAGGAAGACGCUCCAAUUUUGCAAAUUCCACUCUAUCAACCGGCUAACGAUUCAAUAAUUUGUCUCGAUGACACGCCAAAAAAGCCAGAAAAGCCUGUUCCUGAUGAAAAUCCCGCUCCAAGCACUUCAGCUCUGCCCAAAUACGAGCCUAUCAUCACCGAUGACGUCAUUGUGAUAGCGGAUGACAGCCAACUCGACCUGGAAGACAAGAAAAAUCAAACAAUCGAAGAAGGAGAAAUCACGGAAGAGAGUUUUAUUCCACUCGAACCAGUUACCGAAAAAUCCCCAAAAAAGUCACCAAAAACGCCAAAGACCGAGAAACGCUUAGUAAUUUUAGAUGGAAACAAUAUCGCGAUGGCACAUGGGAACAAUAGAAUAUUUUCCGUGCAAGGAAUUGAGAUCGCCCUGAAGCACUUUGAGAAGAUGGGACACGAUGUGAAAGCGAUAAUACCGCAAUUUCGCAUGAAAUUGCACAAAUCGUCGUCGCAGGUGUUGCUGGAAAAGCUACAAAGCGAAAAUAAAAUUCUUUUGACGCCUUGUAAGAAUUUGCCGGGAAAGGUUUCGGCGUCGUAUGAUGAUCGUUUCAUCAUAGAAGUUGCCGAAAAGUGUGAUGCAGCGAUAAUUUCUAACGAUAAUUACAAAGAUUUGUUGAAUGAGAAACCAGAAUGGCACAAAAUCAUCACGUCCCGCGUAAUCGGCUUCAUGUUCUGUGGAGAUGCCUUCUUCGUGCCCGACGAUCCAUACGGAAAACACGGUCCAAAGCUGAAAACCAUCCUCAACAAGACCACAAAAUGAGAAUUUCGUACCUGAAGCCAUUUCAUCAGUUCCUUUUUUCAAUGAAAUUCGUCUCUCAUCACAUUUGGAACCGAUUUUUUGUACAAACUUUAAGUUUUUUUUCUAAUAUAUUAAAAUUAAAAUAAAAAUAAACUUUAUUUUGA